AUGACCCGAUACAAAAGCACCCCUCUCUACGGCGGCGCUCUAGUCAGCGACUUGCCCGACAAGUUCGCCGACGUCAGCAAACUCCGCGAGGUACCCGACAACCAAGAAGUCUGGAUCGACUCGGACGGUUUCACGAGCAUCAUCUUCGACAUCACGGAGCGCGUCGGCCCCGCGGGCUCGAGUCCCGAGAUCGACGGCCGCGCCCUGACGACGCACCUCGAGGAUCUCGUCGGCGAGGACGUCGACACCGUCAAGGUCUGGAACACGACCGAGACCUCCUUCUCGCGCCUCAGCUCCGACAUUCCCGCCUACACCCUCAUCGCGACGCAGACCCCGCACGCGAGCAAGUCGUCCCGUUCGUCGUCGUCGUCGGCGCCCGAUUUCACGGCCAUCAUUCUUACCCUCGUACGCCUUGAGAAGGAGUCGACGGAUAUCUUGGUCACGAUUAACGUGCCGCAUAUCAAGGGCGAGUACGACGAGGCCGAUGUCGAUUUGGAGCUCGGCAAGCAGGGAAAGCUGAUUGGCGACGCUGUUGAGUAUGCUGCGCGUAUUUGGGAGACCUUCAAGGUGAAGGACUGGUCUUUGUUCCAGGAGGUUUGA